GAAGACACCUAGGUCCAGCCACAAUAGUCAAGGUUCCUUUGAGUAAAUCAAAAGAAGGAAAGGCAGAUGUGGAUGAAAACAGGUGGAUAAGAAAUACGUGUAUUAACAGAACGGUCAGGUGAGAAACAGACUUCGGUUUGUUAUGCUGCUCCUUAAUUUCAAAUGAUGCAUGCCGGGUUAUACUGUAGCUGAAGACUGCUGGCCUGGGAAUCUGAACACAGACUGAACUCGACUUCGAGUGACCACACAGUAGAACAGCGUUCGGUGACAUGACCUUCAGUUGGGAUUUUCAACAUUGCCUGUCAGACCGUAUGGAGGUGUCGGUACAGAUGUAUGCAUUGCUGUUGAGUGGAGCGGUCCUCCUGACAGUCAUCCUGUUAACUGGCCUGUGUCUCAGGUGCAGAAGACACAACAUGCCUACGUCCAUUCAGCAGCGCUUCAGUGAGGAUUACCGUCAACCAUCCCCAGGAUUCAGCCUGGCCCGCCCACCAUACCCCUCUGCUGCCACAAUUUGCAAUGAUCCACCUUCCAGCUUUCUUUCUCCCCUAUCACCACAGAGACCCAACUCUGUCACUCCAAAUGGAAAUGAGAGCAAUCUCAGUAGUGACGGCCAAGAAGAAGUGUACGUCAAUGAUAUGAAGGAUAGUGAUGAAGAUGAACAAGGAUCAGGAUCAGGAUACCUAGUUGUUUUACCUUCAGAGAUUCCUAGGACAGAGUUUCUCCAUCAUUCUCACCAAAGUCUUGUCUCUAUAAGCUCCCAAAGCACAGAGCCUCCCUAUGUCAACAUAGAAACCGAGAAAGACACUGACAAUGCAAACAGUGGUGCAGACAGCUAUGUGAAUUUGGAAUCUAUGGAAAAUAGUGAUAUCAGCGAUGGUGAAGACAACUACGUCAAUACUAAAGAUAUGUGAUGCCUCCACCAUCAUGGGGCAGGUCCAGACGAGAGGAGAUGAUUGAUGCGUUAAUCAGCUAAAAGUUGGACUAAUUUCUAAUAUAGUGUGCUAAAAUCAGUGCUAGGAAAAAGAAUUUGCCCCCUGUCAAAUUUUUUGCAGAUCUUCAACCUAAUAUUUGAUAAAAAGGAUCACAAAAAUACAUAUUUAAUUUAUUUAUUAAAGAACAUUAUGCAACAGCCCCCAUUUCAAAAUGUAAUUGCCCCUUUAGACACUUCAAUAACUGGUUACACCACUUUGAGCACCAAUAAAUGCAACUACAGUGGGGAGAACAAGUAUUUGAUACACUUCCGAUUUUGCAGGUUUUCCCACUU